GGGAGGGGAGGAGGAGGAGGGCGGCGGCGGCACCGGGCGAGGCGGCGAGAGCAGCGGCGGCUUUGCGAGUCCCCGGGGCGGGCAGGGCAGGGGCCGGCCAUGGCGGAGCCGAGCCCCGAAGAUCCCCCUCCGAGCCUCAAAGCCGAGACGCAGCCUCCGGAGAAGCGACAACGCACCAUCGAGGACUUCAACAAAUUCUGCAGCUUCGUCCUGGCUUAUGCCGGCUACAUCCCUUCCUCCAAAGAGGAGAAUGACUGGACGCCGUCCGGCUCCAACUCCCCGCUCCGUCCGGAGAGCGUGGUGGACAGCGACGGCUGGGAAUCCACGCAGUCGGACCUACACACCAUCGAGACCUUCGUCAAGAAGGCCAAAUCGUCGAAGAAGAAAGCGGCUUUCCGCCGCCUGAAAUCCGACAGCUCCUUGCUGGAGAAGAUGAAGCUCAAGGACUCCCUUUUCGACUUAGACCCGGUGGGGAAGCAGCCGCCCCCGUUAGCCGGGCCCAAAGUCGCCACCGACAAGAAGAAGGACAAGCGGAACCGGAAAGCCGCCUUGGAAGCCGGGGCCGCCAAGCGGAACCGGAGCGACUCGGUGGGCGAGAAACGCUCGCGCAUCAAAAAGAGCAAGAAGCGGAAGUUGAAACGGUCGGAGCGGGGCGAGAAGCAGAAGCACAAAGCCUCCGUGAGCGAGACGGACUCGGAAGAGGAGGAGGAGGAGGAGGAGGAAGAGGAAGAGGAGGACGGGGCGGGCCCGCUGCGGCCGGGCGGGGAGGACGGGGCGGGGGCGGCCACGGCACGGGUCUCGGUCCAGGCGCCGCCGGAGCUGCUGGCCACCACUUUCCCUAUUAAGUUGGAGGACACAGAAGGGAAGGAGGGCAUCAGUACAGAGACCAGCCAGGACGGGGAAGGGAGCUCCAGCGAAGGCGAGAUGAGGGUCAUGGACGAGGACAUCAUGGUAGAAUCAGGUGACGACUCGUGGGACCUCAUCACCUGCUACUGCCAGAAGCCGUUCGCGGGGCGGCCCAUGAUCGAAUGCAACCAGUGCGGCACCUGGAUCCACCUCUCCUGCGCCAAGAUCAAGAAGACCAACGUCCCCGACAUUUUCUUUUGCCAGAAGUGCAAAGAAAGCUCGCGGAAGCAGGCGCUGCUGGCCCCACAGCCGCCCACGGCUCUCGGCGCAACGGUCCCUCCGGCGUCGCGGGCAGGCGGAGGGGACCCCUAGCACAGGAGGUGGGGGGGCCGUGGCUCUCGGUCGGGCUUUCGUCCCGCAGAGGAAACAAAGCAACAACAACCACCAACCACCCAAGACUGUGGACGGAGCAGAGAGAGGGGAGGGGGGGCUCGCUUUGGAUUGGGGUCCCCUUUGAACGUCGGGGCCCGAAGACGAGGCGCCGGGCCAGCAGAAGUGGCGAUGACGAUGACUCCAGCAUUUAUUCAAAAUUGGCCGAUCCCGGCCAGGCUGCAGCGGGCCCUUCUGGCCUCAGACCCCACUUUCUCUCCCGCUCGUGGGCUCGAUCAGGCGUUCAGGCGAUCGGGAAGGUCCCUUUGUCCACUCUUGGGCCGCCGGCCGUAAGGACAGCCGGGGGACGACGGCGACGACGGAUGGUUUCCUUUUGGACUCUUCUCCUCUUCCUCUCCUCUUUUGUCCUGCUCCAUCUUUUUCUUCUUCUUCUCUGUAAAUAGAAGACAAAAAGGGUUUGUUGUUUUUUUUGUUCUCCCCCCCCGCCCCCGCCCCCUCCCCAUCUUUCCUUCCUUUUCCUGGUUUCAUUUCCCCCCGGCUCAGUUGGUGUUUCUCGGUUGGGAAGGUUUUUAAGGAACCCCAGUUUGUGCUCCUGAUGUUUUGGGACACGUCCGAACUUCGGUUGAUUUGGGCCCAGGGGUCUGAGAGGCAAAAAGGACAUUGCACCCCGAUUUCUUUGGUUGUGCUUCGAAGAGGGGUGCAGUUUGACUUUGUCCCCAUUCAUACGGAGGCUUCUGGAGUGGGAGCCUCCAAAUGGGGCCCCUUUGGAGACUUGUGGACUCCGACUCCCAGAAUUCCCCAGCUGGGAGUCCUCAAGUCUUCCAAGGCAGGGGUCUCCAAGCUUGGUCCCUUUAAGACUUGUGGACUACAACUCCCAGAGUCCCUCAGCCAGCAAAGCUCUGGGAGUUGAAGUCCACAAGUCUUAAAGGGACCAUGGUUGGAGACCCCUGUUCCAAGGGGCCCCAUUUGGAGACCCUCCUGGUUUAAACCAAUGAAGAACAGGAGGAGGGGGGGGUUUCUUUUGUCCCCUCAACCAACCAUGUUGACCCCCUUUGGACCUUCUGAGGCCGGGCAGGGAUGAGAGGCGCCUGACCAGUUGUGUGUGGGGGGGGGGAGAGGCUGGGACAGGCCCCUCUCUUCCCUCCACUUUUGUUUUAAUAUUUGCAGAGGUGUACAUGGCAGAGUUUUCGACUGUAAAUAAAGAGACGUAGACCCUUUGGCAGUUUCUACAGAGGCCUCGGCUUUUCAUUGAUAGUUUUGUUUUGGGUUUUUUUGGGUGGGGGGGCAGAAGCAGGUAGACUGCCCCCGCGAGGGAGGCUUACUUCCGCUCGCGCAAGCGCCCGGGGAGUGCAUGACGCGCGUACCUUCCGCCCACGUGACGCCGAACCCGGCGACCACUUCCGGCAGUGGCACCCGCCCACCACUGUCUCGGCCACGUGACGCUCCUCGAGCGAGAGGGCGGUUGGACGUCCAUGGUGGGCGUGGUCCUGCGUGAUGACGCAGAAGGGGUGCAGCGGGUGGGAUGGCGCUU